AUCGAAGUACAGCUGACCUCGGCUGUAUUGAUGAGGUGGCAUUGAGAUAUUCUCGAGCACAACCAAAUAUGAACAGGAGUGGCAAUCUAAGCCAAAAGGGUCAUUCGGAGGAAAAUGAGGAACAAUCAUUAAUCACUUGGACGUCAAGUAAGCCAAUCUUUCAAACAUUAAAGACAAGAGCUUGGAUUUUGAUAUGCUUCUAUACGACUGUCGUUCUUUCAUUGCCAUUCUGGCUUCAGACAACAACGAUCGAACGAUUACCACUACCACGUGAAGAUGUACAAAGAUGGGAAGCAACUUUACCUUGUCCAGUUCGAUUUAGACAUACGCUCACCCUUCGAUUGCCUGCCGGGAUCGUGGCUCGUGAACAUGAAGCAAUUGUAGCACAAGAUUUAGCAAAAGCUCUGAAAGCCGCAGGAGAUGGAGUUUGGACGAAUGAAAAGGUUCAGCAUACAAUCAAUGGCACGGAAACCUUUCAAGAGGUUGAACAACCGAUCCCGCUCGAACAUGCUGCUUGUAUAGAUUGGAACGUACGCAUGAAUGAGGUGGGCAAAUUGGAACCAAGUAGUUUACACUAUGUCAUCACAAUCGCACAUGGAGAUGCUACAGAAUCAUUCUUGUCCACUUCCACUACCCGACAUUUCACCAUCAAUUCAGCCUACCCUCUGGAAGGUAGACCGCACGGAGAGGUGGCCUGGUCAUUGGCAUCGCAACUAUCGCGCUUUUUGCAAUUACCAUAUCGUGAUUUGUUCUUCCAAGAAUCAUUCGCUACCAUCGGACAAGCAUCGCAUGGAUCGAUAUCCACUGAAAAUGUGUUGCAACGAAUUGGUGUCUUGGAGAUGGAUAAACGACAGAUUCCAUAUACCCGCAAUGUUCGAAUGGUGUUCACAUUGGUCAACGAAGAUGUCUCUUCUACAGAGCCUCCCAAGGGGCAUCGUGGUACCACUUCGAAGAGGCAACUGUCUAGCGGAGUGGCAGGAUGGGACGAGAAGCAAGUGAGCAGCAUUUUCAAGAAAAAGAUUGCUCCAUUGACAGAGGCUUUAUAUGGCACACAUAAACUAGUGACGGAAAUGCAAACGAUAUGGUAUGCUCCUCUGCAAUUCCAGCCAGUUGAAUUAGAGAUACCCAAGAUCUUGGAAGCAGCAAAUGUAAGAUCGGCCAAAUCCAGAAGGAGGAGAAGGAAGAGUGUUCCUAGUGCGGUCACAGACGAUGGAAAAGGCGAUGAUGAUGGCAAGAACGAGGAUGAAAUCGAUGAUCUACUUGAUGAAGAAGACUCAAAAAGUGAAGUCAAAGCUGACGUACCUGAAGUAGUGGAAAAGGAUAUCAUCAAUUUGAUACGUCAAGAUGAUUUGCAAAUCUUUGUAAAUGCAGGAGAAUGGGGUCUCUCUUCGAGUGGUAAUGAGAUCUCACAAUCUGAAGCUGAAAUCGAGUCACAAAAAGAGCAAGAGAUGGAUCUGGAAAGUCUUAUCCGACAGAAGGAGCGUACGCUUCACUUUGUCGUCUAUGUUCCCAAACCAUCUCACAGGCCAUUACGAAUUGCAGCAGAUGAACAGAAUAGCAACAUAAGUGCCGCAACUGGAUGGCUUGUGCCGCAAUGGGGAGGUGUCUCGUUGUACAAUCUUGGUCAUGAAAGUCAUGAGGUGGGAAGAGCUGAAGGUGUGCAUAGUGACAAGUAUAACGGAAAGAUGUUGAAUUUCCUCAACUCGAACGAUCUGGACAAAGCAUUCACCUCUUUCGACAAGCAAUUGCGAUCUCUUUUGGGUCUGCGCAGACCUACUGGAAUCAGUGAAGCAGAGGAAGCUGAUGCAAUGCCAUCAUCGGAUGCAAGAUUGGCGCUUGCAUUAGAUGCACUGGUGCGUAGGAGAACGAUUGGCUCUAUGCGAGAGAGCGUGAGAACGUUGGCAAGCAUUAUCCGACUGGUGGACAAGAUUAAGAUUCUUGGUGUUGGGUCACAAGUACAGGAUGACGUACGACAAGCUUUGAAGAUGUUACAGACUGCUGCUGAUUUGCGAGAUGAUCAAACUGCACCAAUCUUACGUCAAGGAUCCUCUUCACCCGUUCCAGCUCCUCUGUCUCCUUUGCGGGCUUUAUUGGAUCUUCACCAUAGCGCUGAAUUGUUGAGCUCAAGAGCUUUCUUUAAUCCUGCCAUGUUGGGCCAACUUUACUUCCCUGACGAACACAAGUAUGCAGUUUAUACGCCACUUUUUGGACCUUUAGCAAUGCCGCUCUUAGUAGCGGCCAUUCGAUUGAUCAAAGAGCGGAGAGCACGAUCAAAGAAAGAAGCAAAGACCAGAUCAGAAAGUGUCAAUACGACCAAAAAGAGUACCUCGAGAAAAACCCAAUAAGGAAAACCUUUAUAGAUAGAUAUACAGGAUCUGACAAUGUACGUAUAGAAGUUGGAGUGAAUGUAAAUUAAACCGGUUGCGGUCACAUGCUUGUCG